AUGUCCCUUAUAUCGGCUUUUCGACCCCGCUCGACGCGGGUUGUUACUUCCCUGCAGGACCGGUCCUCUGCAAGAAAUCGCAAAGACCCGAAACAAGGCGCUAAUCUAGGGAUUGAGCCGAUGCACGCAGAGGACGGAGACAGCGAUGCACACUCCAUUAUAACACCCUCCAAACACACUCCGAAGGCAUUGCGUGUAUUGCGAGGCUCCGUGGCAGCCGGUGGUCCUCUUCGUCCUUUUCGCCUGGUCAAACAAGACAUCGUCAACUUACGCCGGCGAUGGCUGUCCGACUGGGCCGUGUUCAACCAAUUGAUCUUCGCAAGCGCCGUAUAUGUCUUCUUUACCAACCUCCUACCGGGAAUCACCUUCGCAAGCGACCUCUAUGUCUUAACCGGCAAGAGCUGGGGGACGAUUGAGGUGGUCUUCAGCACCGGAUUGUGUGGAGUCAUUUUCUCACUGUUUUCGGUCCAGCCAUUGAAUAUACUCGGCGUGACGGGACCGUUUUCGGUCCUUGCAGAGAACAUCUAUGCUCUGUGUGAUGAUGUGUUCAUGGUUCCAUUUUUGCCAUUCAUGGCCUGGUCUCUUAUCCAUGCCGGUUGGCUUCAUUAUAUAUUGGCCAUCGUCAACGCCCACGACUGGACUAUGCGCUAUGUGACGACAUUCGCUACCGAGAUCUUUUCUCUCCUUAACAGCAUAAUAUAUUUCCACAAGGCGAUCCAAGAGCUCGAGAGAGCACAUGAUUCCCUCUCAUUCGCAGCGUUCCUGUACGCAGUCAUAGGCGCCGUCGGGACGAUGCUUCUAGCGAUCUUCUUAUCGACCGCGGAGAGCUGGCGGCCGCUGUUCCAUCGGUAUAUCCGAAUGGCGCUCACGGAGUAUGCGGCAGCCAUAUCAAUCAUUAUAUUUAUAGCUCUGCCACACGCAGGUGAACUAGCGAACCUAGACAAGAUGAACCUCCCCGUCAGCACCUCCUUCAAACCGACGUCUCCAGACCGCGACAAGUUUUUUGUUGAAUUCUGGAAACUGCCCGUCGGGUGGAUCUUCGCUGCCAUCAUUCCAGGGCUCAUCAUCACAGUCUUGUUCUUCUUUGACCACGAGGUCAGCUCAAUUAUCUGCACCAUCGACCGGUACGGAACCCGCAAGCCCGGCGGGUUUGCAUGGGAUAUCGUUCUCUUGGGCACGACGACCGCGCUGUGCGGGAUCUUGGGGAUCCCCCCCGCCAACGGGCUCCUGCCCCAAGCACCCUUACACUCGGAGUCUCUGAUGCAUACCGAAAAAGAACAACGCACUGAAACGGUGGACGGGGAAGAGAAGGUCGUGACGCACGAAGUUAAGCGCGUCUACGAGCAGCGAUGGUCGGCCUUCCUUCACGCAGGCGCGAUCCUCCUCUUCGUCAGUCCGCCGUUCAUGACUGUCCUCGGCCUGACUCCAACCAGUGUCCUCGCUGGACUGUUCAUGUUUAUGGGCGAGCAGAGCCUAUCCCCCAAUCCUCUACCGAACCUUCUACCUCCUCACACCACCCUCCGAACUCCCCCCUUACCAGCAACCCUCUCCAAGAAACCAAACCACCCACCAUCCUACCUCCCUAUCCACCUCUACACCAUCCUCCAAGUAAUAACAACAGUCAUCAUUUUCAUCGUGACCCUAACGCGCGGCGCGCCCGCUUUCCCAAUCAUAAUCAUAGCUCUAGUCCCCUUCCGCCUACUAGUCAUGAAGCGGUGGUGGCCGCGCGAGGUCCUCCGUUUCGUGGACGCCUGGGCCUGCCGCGAGGGCACACCCGAAGACGACGAGGACGCCCUAGCCAAGCGCGAUGAAGUAUGGGGCGAUACGGUGCCUUCUUCUCCUUCUCCCGCUGCUUCUUCGGGGGUGCACGAUGUUCCUCGCGCUGGGGAACCACUACCUGCAGGCUCGGAGCGUAAUCUGCGUUCUUCCGCGGGGAGUAGUAGUUUUGGUGGUCCGUCUCGGGGAAGUGGCCAGGAGUGGGUGGAGCUUGAUUUUCGGACGCAGACUGAUGAGGAAUUAGGUAGGGCGAUGGAUGAUCGGUAG